GAUUACCCCACAUCUGGGCUGUGCUGUCUGAGAGCUGAUUUUGAUCUGACUGCUUGUAAAGUGAUCUGAUAAUAUGCCACAUUUUCUCCCGCACAGAUGUUCAGUUCUGAACUUGGCUGGGUGUCCAAGCUCCAUAUUAACGACAUUCUUGCGUUUCAGGUACAUCUCUCGGCAUGGCGUGCUCUACCCAGCCCGUCUUCGUUUCCAAAGCAUCAUGUAAAUUACUCGUUGCAUCUCUCGAGAUGGUGUUCUCUACCAAGGCGGUCUUCUUGCUGCUUGUCUUCAGCUCGGCCUUGUGCCAGGCUUCAUCCAAUGGAGAUACCGUAACGGACAGGAUUAAGCAUGGGAUUGAGGACGUAACCAACACUGCCGAAAACCUCAGGCUUGCAGCUGAAAGGAUCGACCUUCCCAACGCUCCCCAGGAGGCCAUUACCAUUGCUCGGGGAUUCGCUGAAAUCAUCGCUAAGCUUGGUCAUGGCAUCGAAAAGAUGAACAGCGAGGCAUCUGAUGCGGUUUCAGACGCUGAUGCCAAGCUUGUUGUCAAAUGGCUCCGUCAAUUCGUGAAAACUCACAAGGCACUGCUGAAUGUGGUCAUCCACAAGGAGGACCUCUCAACCAUGAUUCUCUCUUCAGAGACUGUCAGAAUUUCACUUCUGAGUCUAGAGGUUGUUAUGAACAGCUUCUCCCAUGAUCUGAUUGCUCUUAUUCCCACCCAGCGAUCGGCUGCAGAGAAGCAAUUUGCAGAACUCCAAUCCACGCUAAAUGACGCCUUGAACACCUACGGCCUGGGUUCCACAGAAUCGGAUGCUGCGCUCGCAGCAACCACGGAGAAGAUUGUCGAAGGAUUCAAAGUCGUCACGGAUAUGUCCAACAAACUCCGAAUCGCUACCGAGAACAUCAAUGUCUUCAACGCCGCGCAGCAGGGGAUCGUCAUUGCCCAGGGGUUUACGACCAUCAUCGGCAAGAUCUCUGAAGGCAUCGUCAGGGUCGACCGCGUGACUUCCGGUCCACUUGCAGACAUCGACGCGCAGCUCGUUGUCGACGUCCUCACCACAUUCGUGCGGGUACACCAGAACCUGCUCAAUGUCGUCAUCGGGAAGCAUGGGCUGAUAGCCAUGGUUCCGUUCUUCGAGCCCAUCAGAGUGACCCUUGUGCAGCUGGAGAUUGUGAUCGACAGACUGGCGCUGGAUUUGAUAGCUCUAAUUCCCACUCAGAAGCCGGCAGCAACGAGGCAGUUUCAGCUGCUCGACGAUACGCUGCAGAAGGCCAUCAACACUUACAGCGUCACCCUCACUUCGGCAGAAUCGGACGCUGCGCUCGCAGCAACCACGGAGAAGAUUGUCGAAGGAUUCAAAGUCGUCACGGAUAUGUCCAACAAACUCCGAAUCGCUACCGAGAACAUCAAUGUAUUCAACGCCGCGCAGCAAGGGAUCGUCAUUGCCCAGGGGUUUACGACCAUCAUCGGCAAGAUCUCUGAAGGCAUCGUCAGGGUCGACCGCGUGACUUCCGGUCCACUUGCAGACAUCGACGCGCAGCUCGUUGUCGACGUCCUCACCACAUUCGUGCGGGUACACCAGAACCUGCUCAAUGUAGUCAUUGGCAAGCAUGGACUGAUUGCCAUGGUUCCGUUCUUCGAGCCCAUCAGAGUGACCCUUGUGCAGCUGGAGAUUGUGAUCGACAGACUGGCGCUGGAUUUGAUAGCUCUAAUUCCCACUCAGAAGCCGGCAGCAACGAGGCAGUUUCAGCUGCUUGACGAUACGCUGCAGAAGGCCAUCAACACUUACAGCGUCACCCUCACUUUGGCAGAAUCGGACGCUGCGCUCGCAGCAACCACGGAGAAAAUUGUCGAAGGAUUCAAAGUCGUCACGGAUAUGUCCAACAAACUCCGAAUCGCUACCGAGAACAUCAAUGUAUUCAACGCCGCGCAGCAAGGGAUCGUCAUUGCCCAGGGGUUUACGACCAUCAUCGGCAAGAUCUCUGAAGGCAUCGUCAGGGUCGACCGCGUGACUUCCGGUCCACUUGCAGACAUCGACGCGCAGCUCGUUGUCGACGUCCUCACCACAUUCGUGCGAGUACACCAGAACCUGCUUAAUGUAGUCAUUGGCAAGCAUGGACUGAUAGCCAUGGUUCCGUUCUUCGAGCCCAUCAGGGUGACCCUUGUGCAGCUGGAGAUUGUGAUCGACAGACUGGCGCUGGAUUUGAUUGCUCUAAUUCCCACUCAGAAGCCGGCAGCAACGAGGCAGUUUCAACUGCUGGACGACACGCUGCAGAAGGCCAUCAAAACCUACAGUGUGACCUUGGCAUCAAAGUCUGCUACUCAGAAGGCUAAUCCAAUUAUGCAGAAAAUUCAGCAAGGGCUCGUGACCGUUACUGGAAUUUCUGACAAAGUGAUUGAAGAGAUGGUUGGGAAGUACUAAGUAUCAUCCUCAAUCUAGGCAGAAGCGUCGUGCUUCCUGAUUUUCUGAUCUGAGUACUGUAUUUCCAGAAUAGAUAUUUCUUAUCGAAAUGUUUGAGUCUUCUCUAUUAUUCGGGUUCGUGAUCCAAGACAGGGGUGUCAGUUCUGCGAAAUUUAUAUCUUAUCGUUAGAUAAGAUGACGAUAACUGGAAAGCGGCAUCUUUAAGGCUCAGUCAGAUUGUAUUUACAGGCUAGAUCCAUAUAUAUGCCUGUCCACAAUUUGGUGACGGCGAUAGAACUAACUUCCCCCACCCCUUAACCCUUCCGAAGCUUUACGGGAAGUUAAAUGUGGUUCAUAAAUUUGCUGUCACUCUGGAAAACGUAGAAUUAUAAUUGAAAGUUGUGCCAUUGUGAGUGACUAUAUAUUGAAAUGUUGACUUGCUAAUAAACUUCAUGGGAUAGGCUACGUACUGCGAGGUUUUAUAUGUAAAUAACUUAUCCUUUAUCUUUGGAACAGCUGACUAGACUUACAAACGGGUCC